UAUACAUUUUAGGAUGUAAUAGUCUACGCUGUGAUUAUACACAGCAAUCGCAUACGAAGAGUAGCAUGAAUUACCGUGUAUAGUCAACGCGGCUGCGCUCAAUUACGUUGAGUGUGUGCAAGGCCAUGUGCGAAGAAUUCUUUGAAAAUGUCGAUGCCCCGGGAAAUUGAAUCGACGUUCCUCCCUAGGUUCUUGCCGAGCCCAACUCAAGGACGGCUGCAAAAUCGAGACCCUGCGGCAAUGCGGCGACGACUUCGUUCCCUACGGCAAGAAGACGGAACUGCCAGCCUCGGGACAGCUGUUCACGGAGAAGUGCGCGAGUGAGCACCGGCAGAUAAAUUGCAGUCUCAAGUUCGUUGAUGACUGCCUGAAGCGUCUGCCAAAGACGGCUGCUUCGUUGGCGCUCAGGACAUUGAAAGAGGACAUCGGUGCCAUCUGCACUCCGGGCACUGAUCUAUACAAAGCGUACCAGAAAGCCAUCGGCUGCAUGAACACCAUUGGGGGAAAGAUCAACGCCUGCUUGAAGGGUCUCCACGGUGGUUUGGAAAAAGCUGUCGUCAAGGCACCCACCGCAGAUGUCAUCCACUACGCCUGCUGCUCGUACGGUGACGUAGAAGACUGCCUCGACAAAGCCAUGACGCAAUGCGAAAGCGUCGGUGCCAAGGAGCUCACAGUGGGCCUGCUCAAUCACGUUUUCGGAGAGACUCUGAGUCUGGUUUGCGACGACUACACCAGGGGAUCACAAGCGUGCAAGUCGCUGCCAAAGCUGCCGCCGCUUGGAGCCACAGACCGCAAGGCCGAAAACUACGUCGAACUCCUCAUCGAGGCUGCAAGCACAAUCGGUCGCAAGGACUAGGACCUCCCUGACCCUCCAACCAACUCCGACCCG